UCAGCCCAGGUUUUGUGAAGAAAGCACUUCCUCCUCUAAAAGUUCUAAGACUUUUCAAGUUCAGAAAGGAACUGCGUCCCUACUGACAGCCUGACACAAUGUACCCAGCAGGAUCAGUGUGAGUAAGCCAAGGGCUUCUCUACAGCAUGGCCCACAGGAAAAACACAGAUUCUGUUUGCAGCCUGAAGUAUGUGACUUUCUUGGUCACCCUAAGUUCAGCAUUCCUGUUUCUGAGAGCUGACGUGCAGCUCCGAGACAAUGGGUAUGAUGGAUUACUUGUUGCAAUCAAUCCUCAAGUAUCUGAGAACCAGAAUCUCAUCUCAAAUAUUAAGGAAAUGAUAACUGAGGCCUCUUUCUACCUCUUCAAUUCAACCAAGAGAAGAAUGUUUUACAGAAACGUAACCAUCUUAAUACCCGCCACAUGGGAAGCUAAAAAUUAUAGCCAUGUAAAACUAGAAUCAUAUGAGAAGGCAAAUGUGAUAGUGACUGACUCGUAUGGGGCACAUGGAGAUGAUCCGUACACCCUGCAAUACAGAGGGUGUGGGGAAGAGGGGAAAUACAUUCAUUUCACGCCUAGCUUCCUACUAAAUGAUGACUUAAUACCCGGGUAUGGAUCAAGAGGCAGAGUAUUUGUUCAUGAAUGGGCCCAUCUCCGUUGGGGUGUGUUUGAUGAAUAUAAUAAUGAGAAACCUUUUUACAUGAAUGGACAAAAUCAAGUUAAAGUAACAAGCUGUUCCUCUGAAAUCACAGGCAUUUUCAUGUGUGAGAAAGGCUCUUGUUUACAAGAAAGCUGUAUUAUUGAUGACAUUUUCACAGAAAGAUGCACAUUUAUAUAUAACAAUACCCAAAAUGCAACUGCAUCAAUAAUGUUCAUGCAAAGUUUACCGUCUGUGGUUGAAUUCUGUAACGCAACUAAUCACAACCAAGGUGCUCCAAACCUACAGAACCGAAUGUGCAGCCUGAGAAGCACGUGGGAGGUACUCAUGGACUCUGCUGACUUCAACCACAGCUUGCCUAUGAAGGGAACGGAGCUUCCCCCUCCUCCCACCUUCUCUCUUGUACAGGCUGGAGACAAAGUAGUCUGUUUGGUGCUGGAUAUAUCUAGCAAAAUGGCAGAGGCUGACAGACUUCUUCAACUUCAGCAAGCAGCAGAAUUUUAUUUGAUGCAGAUUGUUGAAGUCCAUACGUUUGUGGGCAUUAUCACUUUCAAUGAGCGAGGAGAGAUCAGAGCCCAGCCACAUCAAAUUAACAGUGAUGAUGACCGAAAGCUGUUGGUUUCCUACUUGCCUACCAAUGUAUCAGCUGAAGCAAAAGCCAGCGUCUGCUCGGGACUUCAGAAGGGAUUUGAGGUGGUUGAAAAACUGAAUGGAAACGCCUACGGCUCUGUGAUGAUAUUGGUGACUGGUGGCGACGAAGGGCACAUGGAGGAUUGUGUACUGAAUGUGCUUAGCAGUAGUUCAGUCAUUCAUUCCAUAGCCCUGGGUUCAUCUGUGGUGGUGAAUCUGGAGGAUUUACCACAUCUUACAGGAGGCUUAAAGUUCUUUGUUCCAGAUAAAUCAAACUCCAACAGCUUGAUUGAUGCUUUCAGUAGAAUUCCCUCUGGAACUGGAGACAUUUGUCAACAACAUAUUCAGCUUGAAAGUAAGGGUGAAAACGUGAAACCUUAUCAUCAGCUGAAAAACACUGUAAUUAUGGACAGUAGCGUGGGAAAUGAUACCACAUUUUUGGUCACAUGGCAAAACAGUGGUCCUCCUGAAAUUGUACUGUUUGAUCCUAAUGGAAGAAGAUACUACACAGAUGAUUUUAUCAUCAAGCCAGCUUUGCAAACUGCUCAGCUCUGGAUUCCAGGAACUGCCAAGCCCGGUCUCUGGACCUACACACUGAACAACACCCACCAUUCUCUUCAAGCCUUGAAAGUGACAGUGACCUCUCGUGCUUCCUGUUCAGCCCUUCCCCCUGCCACUGUGGAAGUCUUCGUGGACAGAAACAAGACCCUUUUCCCCCACCCUGUGAUGAUCUAUGCAAAUGUGAGAAAAGGAUUUUAUCCCAUUCUUAAUGCCACUGUAACUGCUACAAUUGAGCCAGAGACUGCAGAUCCUGUUUCGCUGAGACUUUUGGAUGAUGGAGCAGGUGCUGAUAUUAUAAGAAAUGAUGGGAUCUACUCGAGGUAUUUUUUCUUCUUUGCUACAAAUGGUAGAUACAGUUUAAAAGUACAUGUCAACUACUCUCCCAGCACAAGCACCAUGGCCUCCUCUAGUCCAGGAAGUCAUGCUAUGUAUGUACCAGGUUACAUAACACAUGGUAAUAUUCAGAUGAACACACCAAGAAAAUCAACGGGCCUGAGUGGAGUGCAAAAGUGGGGUUUUAGCAGAGUCAUCUCAGGAGGCUCUUUUUCUGUGCUGGGAGUCCCAGCUGGCCCCCUUCCUGAUGUGUUUCCGCCAUGCAGAAUAAUAGACUUAGAGGCUAUACAAGUGGACAGAUCAGUGACUUUAUCUUGGACAGCACCUGGAGAUGACUAUGAUCAGGGUCAGGCUAACAGUUAUGAAAUAAGGAUGAGUAGGAGUCUCCAGAAUAUUCAAGAUGACUUCAACAAUGCCAUUUUAGUAAACACAUCGGAACUAUAUCCUCAGCACGCUGGCAAGAAGGAGAUAUUUACAUUUUCGCCAAAUCUUUUUACAAAUGGAACUGAACAACACUACGAUGGAAGCACACAAGACAGCCAAAGAAUUUAUGUGGCUCUACGAGCAAAAGAUAAGAACUCCUUAUCAUCUGCUGUAUCUAAUGUUGUCCAAAUAGCUCUUUUCAUGCCUCCAAAUUCUACUCCUGCACCUGUCAGAGAUGACCUUAUAUUGAGAGGUAUUCUGACAGCAGUGGGUUUAAUAGGAAUCAUUUGUCUCACUAUGACUGCAAUAUAUUGUAUUUUAAACAGGAUAAAAAAAGCAGACGAGAAAGAAAAUGGAACAAAAUCAGUAUGAACAAAUGUAGAAUCCCUUCCUUCUUAAAUAGAAGAUGGCUUAUUCACUUUACAAAAAUAUACCAAUAAAAUUAAGUUACUAUAA